AUGCCUUCCUGGACACAUCUCAUUCGCUUCAUUGCCGUCGAAGACAGCCAAGUCCACCUGGGCCAACUCGUCGACACAAGCCGGGAUGUCGGACAGGACAGCGUCGAAGGAGUUGAAAUCGCUGCAAAGGUUAUCGAUGGAACUAUCUUUGAUGGACGCAUUACAGAUGAAGUCAUGCAUGUGAAACAAUUGCUCGCCCCAGUGACGCAGGAACAAUGCAGCUACAUCCGAUGCCUGGGCCUGAACUACAUGGAUCAUGCCAAAGAAGCCAACCUGGAGCUUCCGAAAGCGCCAGUUCUAUUCACCAAGCCUCGCACCGCUCUCGCAGGCCCGUAUCCUGCGUCGAUCAACAUCCCCAGGUGUGCACAAGACGACACGAGUGAUUACGAGGCCGAACUUUGCCUGGUGAUUGGCAAAAGUGGCCGUGAUAUCUCCGAAGAGGAUGCAUUGGACUAUGUUCUGGGAUAUACUGCCUCGAACGACGUUUCCGCGCGGACUAUGCAAAUGCUCACUGGACAAUGGUCGUUCUCGAAGGGACUUGAUGGAAGCUGCCCGAUCGGACCCGUGCUCGUGGCUCCAUCCGUCAUCGAGGACCCGCAAACACUUUCCAUCAAGGCCAUUCACAAUGGCGCCACUGUUCAGGAUGGACAUACUAAAGAUAUGAUAUUCAACAUCAGGAAGCAGAUUUCCUAUCUUUCGCAAGGUACGACUUUGGAAGCGGGAACCCUUUUCCUCACUGGAACCCCUGCUGGCAUUGGGUAUUUCCGCCAGCCUAGAGUGGUUCUGAGGGAUGGUGAUGAGAUUUCGGUGAAGAUUGACCAAAUUGGAACUCUUGUUAACAAGGUCCGGUAUGAGUCUCGCUGA